AUGUUUUCUGCUGCUACAAAGAACUUUGUGAAGCAGGUUGGAGAUACUGGCAGAUUGAUCCCUGUUCCUAGUUUGAGUGAGGCUGAUAGGUAUCAGCCUCUUAGUCUAGUAACCAAGAAAAAAAAGUCUUGCUUCUGGAAAAAAAACAAAUACAGUUCUACGCCUUUCACUCUGAAGGACAUUCUUGUGGGAGAAAAAGAGGUUUCUGCUGGUGUCUCCUCAUAUCAGCUUCUCAAUUAUGAAGACAAAUCUGACGUUUCCUUAAAUGGGAGACUUGGAAACCAAGUUAUUCAUGAUGUUGGUUUUAAGAUUGCCGGCUCGGACUCCGUAGCAGUGAAAGCUUCAUUUGGAAUAGUAACGAAACAUGAGGUGGAGGUGCCAGCCCUCCUCAGGGAGAUUAAUAGAAAAGUUGACCUUGAACAUUGCCUUGUCCGUCAAAUGAAAGAAAGCCGGCGUGCUGUACUCUGUAUUGUCAUGGAGAGCAUUCGGACAACCCGGCAAUGCUCACUCACUGUGCAUGCAGGCAUGAGAAGAAAAACGAUGCGGUUUCAGAUUGAUGAUGGACGAAAUCAUAAAGGACGAGACAAAGCCAUUGUUAUCCCAGCUCAUACAACUAUUGCAUUUAGUGUAUUUGAACUUUACAUCCGAUUAGAUGGCCAUUUUGAUCUCUGUGUUACAUCUGAAUCAGAAGGUGGGUUUGAAAAAGAACAAAUAACGGAGCAGUUGGGUGGUUUGAUGGGACGAUUUUCAGUGUGGAGACUGCGACGAUGUCUGUCAGAGUUCUUUUAUGGCAGCCCAUUCAGGUCAGAUGGAAAGUUGGCGGAUAUUUCCACAAACUCAGACCCUUAUUUGGAGGAUUUGGUCGCUGACUAUUACGAAAAAGCUACAAGCAUGACCGACAUUUCCACGACCUACCUCAGUGACAAUGCACACACACGGGUAAAUCUGCUCAAUCAUAAUAUCUCCAAAGGACCCUGUGUUCUCUGUGGCAUGGGUAGUUCACGGAGAGAGACUGUAUACGGGUGCCUUGAGUGUUCAUUCAAUGGACAGAAAUACGUGAGACUGCAUGUGGUGCCAUGUUUUGAUUUGUGGCACAAAAGAGUAAAAUGAAACAGGAUGCAGAUAGUUACUAUAAGCGCUCCAGAUAUGGUGAUACAUCCGUAAGACCACACUAAUAUUUUCGGGACAAUGCAGUGAAUACUUUUGAACAAGAUAUAUGAAUUGUAUAUUAAUUAGUUCUGAUAGUAUUAGAGUUUUUUUUGAUAAAACGUUAUUGGACCUGUUUGUCAACUAAGAAAACAUUGUUGAGAAACUGUAGAUCUGUUAUUGCCUGGUAGAAACAAAUUGAAUUGCACUGGAUAAGAGUUCCAGAGUAACACUAUACCAUAGCUAGUUUACUUCCAGCAACAGCUACAGAAUAUGAUUCCCCUCCACCCCACCUAUUAUUGCCUUCUCAGAGGUUCUGUUUGUGUUUUCAUGUUUUGUACCAUUGCUUUGUUCUGUCAAAAAACACACAAUACAAUU